AUGGAUAGAGGUUAUCUACGUUUUUUAAUUACUAUUAUCCUUUCAAUAUCUUCACUGUCGGCAAAUAUAAGCAAGAGUGAAAAUAGCAGUGAUCCACAUGGACAAUCUUGUGGACUUCAGAUCGGCUGUUAUAAUGUGUCAGUCACUACACCGUUGUGUGGCAGUGGGACCGUCACAUAUUCACCACUCUUGAAUUACACGUCCGAGUUUGAACUGAUCGGAUGUGAUGGACGCAGGGUAAAGGACGCGCCCGUGUCAUGGCGGGAAGUCAUCACAUCGACCGACGGUGAAAUAUCCUCAUGCAGAAACCAGUACCGAUGUUUGAUACCCAAUGGAAUUAUACGAAGGCGUAUCGGACAUACACUUGUGCUGGACAUUUGGAUAUACUUAGGAUCAUUCAACAAAGUAGUCAGACUAGGGAUCCGAAUCAUUGUCAGACCAAGUGUCGAACAUGUGGUAUCAACAGAGAGCAGUCGGGAUAUACCCGCCAAGCCUACUCACACCAAGACCAGUUCUCAGCGGACAACAACGAAAAGAGUCAAUAGUGUUACCAAGUAUCGUCAGUCACACGCGAAGUCAUUCGAUGACUUGAUACUGGAGUAUUUAGCCGCCACCGCGAUGUCAUCACAGGAACAACAAACCACACAACGUAAAAGAUUCAGAACAUCUAAAAGUAGAAAACCUAGUAGACCCACUGCUUAUAACAGACAGACAGUCGGGCGGCUGGAUAUUGUACAUGUGAUUCACAGAAAACCAGGAACGCGAAAUCAAAGGCAGGAUACUAGGAGAAACAAAUUGAAGAAAAACGGAAAAUCUGUUGAUGCAGAUGUGGAUAGAAUAAAUGAAAAAACCCGAGCGACUCUCACAUUGCUAAAUGACACCAAGAGUAAGGCAAAAACGGGCAAUGUAACAUACAUUGAUAAAACAGUUAAAAUCCUUAAUAGUUCAAAGCUAAGCGUUUACACUGGGCAAAGUCAUACUCGUAGUAAUACUACAACUGAUGGGAUUAAUGUACACCGGAGAGUCAAACCUUUAAAUCUGAACAUAGCCAUGACCAAACAUGGAAGAUGGACUAAAAGCGGAAAACCUAAAUGGAAUGUUAAUAGAAAAAUAGAAAUUAGAAUUAACAAAAAUAUCUCACACGCUAACACAGCACUUGAUUCGAUACUAAACGCAACGUUACAGAAAGAAAGACAAGAUUUAGUUAUGGAACAUCACACCCGUAUGAACAAAGCUUUUAGAAAAGAUGACAUGAAAUCUGAGACACAAAGUAUUGUAAACACCGUCAUGUCUAAAUGUGUGAAGUUCCUCUGUGGAAAGCGCAAACCCAGACGGCGAUGUCCAGAGAUUCUCGUACUACAGUGUCUCCAUCUGACGUCCGGGGAGAGGAGACAACUCGUGCUCGGAGAACUUAGAGAUGAGGUGCAGCAACUGAUCGACAUGUUCAACGUGUCUAAGUCAGAUCUAGAAGAGAUCGAGAGGUCGGCUAAAGUCCUCGCUCAGCAACUUACAACACAAGGAGGAAACGCGGAUACUAUUUCUAAGAAAAUUGGAAAAGCAACUGCCGAAAUUCUUCAAAAGCUCUACAAUACAUCCUAUUUAGCUUCAAAAGCAGCGAUGAAUGAGAGAUUAGGUUGGUCUGGAGAUACAAGAACGGCAUCUGCUCUAGGAUUAGGAGAAUGGAGCAACUGGAGUCCCUGUUCUUCAUCUUGCGGAAAAGGUACCGCCAUCCGAUCACGUGUUUGUUUGACAACGGCAGUGGACUGUCAGAAUAAACCUAGCCACCAGACAAGAAUAUGUAUUGAACCCACUUGCCCUAAAGUUACAGUCCUUCCGCAGGUUCUAUCGCCAUGGUCAAAAUGGUCCUCGUGUUCCGUGACGUGUGGUCUAGGGCAUGAGACGAGGUCGAGGGUAUGUGAUGGGGAUACUGGGCAAAACGCCAAAACAUCUUCCAGGGACAGGUGUAAAGGACCAGUUGCAAUGACCAGGUUCUGCAUUAUGUCAACAUGCAAUACAGAUGCUAAUGUGUGGCGGAAGACUGUGCUUCUUGGCUACGACACGGUAUUGAGUUGUAAAUCUCCACGCUCCUGGUCAUCAACGGAGACAUUUUGGAUUACUCCAAGGGGUACACGGGUGUCGCGAACUUCACAAUUAUCACGAUUGUACAUGGUUGGCGACACUCUGGUCAUACAUGGGGCCCAGAAGACGGACGAGGGGGAUUACCACUGUAUUAGUAAUCAAGCUGAACCUAGUAAAGUUAUUACAACAGAUACAGGGAUUGAGGUGCUGACUUGUGCCUCAGCUCCAUGUGAGAAUGGGGGCGUUUGUCAGGAACGAAGUCACAGCUUCAACAGCCAGCUCCGAAAGGUCACGUGUUCUUGUCGGAAUGGAUUUGGAGGCGAGAGGUGUCAUGAUUAUUUAUCAAGCGGUCAUUUCCACUUGUACCUGCUCAUCUCGCUCCUGAUUGGUCUUCUGUUUUCGAGUCUGAUUGGUUUCCUGGUAUACUUUUGUGCAUACAGGAAUACGAACCGUAAACUUCCUAAGAAAAGUAAAGAAAAAAAUGACUCAGAGUCUCAAACACAUGAGAAAUCGGAAGAAGCCGAUGUUUCAACCAACCUUGACAGUAGCAUCAUACACAGUGACGACUCGUGGUUAGAAAUUUCAGAAAAGGAUUACAAAGACUUCCAGAUACAAAACGUAUCCAAUCUACAGCAAAGGCCGAUUAGUCGCAGUCUUCCAGCCCUCUCAUCAGUUCAUCCUCUUGUAGAAAGGAAGUCUGUAUCAAACACUGAAACUCGAAGUCGUCAGGAUUAUGACGACUUGGAACAAGAAAGCAGAACACAGAAGAGUCCAAAAGAAAUUCAUGGAUACGCAUACGAAGUACAGACAUCUCCUGAAAUCAAAUCUAAGAUCUUACUGAUAAAAGCUGACAGAAAAACAAAAAGUAGUCCAAAUAUAAAAGCGAAAAAGACGGUAUCGUUUCAAAAUAGCAGUGUCAAUGACAACAAACAUUACAUGGGUAAGUCUUUAACUAGUCAGCUUCCAUUGGGGAGUACAUUUUCACAUCAAUUAACGUCUGCAACAAGUCCUGCACACCAGGUUUCGUCUUCGAGACCAGCAGAUAUGAUGUCGACACGAAGUCCCGCCCACAAUGUAUUGCCAACUAGACCAACAGAGGAUAUUCCAUUACCUAGUUCCACACACCAUGUAUCGUCUUCAUGGCCAGCAGAUAAGAUGUCAACACAACAGCUAUUAUCAAACAGACCAACAGAGAAUAUUUCUGCACAUAGUCCCGCACACAAAACAUCUUCAACUAGACCAACAGAUAAUGUGUCACCUAUUCCCGUACAUCAGGUAUCGUCCACUGGACAAGCAGAUAAGAUGCCACCGCAUGGACCCGCACAUCAAAUAUCAUCAACUAGAUCGGCGGAAAUUUCUACCGCUGGUCCGGCACAUAAUGCAUUGUUAACUGCAUCGGCAGAAAAUAUUUCAACUACUAGCGCCCUACACCAGGUGCCACCCACUAGACCUGAAGGAAAGAUUUCAACAAUUGGUUCCGAUCAUCAGAUGUCGUCGCUUCCAGAGGAAGAUUACACAGACAUGAGUGCUGCACGGCAAACAGAAGAUGGGUUGGUCAUUGUCACGUCCGACUCCAUAUUGCGACUAGAUGGAGAUACAGCAAUGUAUCGUUCAGACAAAGACGUAGAUAUUGUCCACAAAAUGACAUCUACUACUCACGGAGAACAUAAUGAACCGGAGCAACAGGCUAAGCAUUCAGAAGAUGACAUGGAAUAUACACCCGUUUAUUAUACGUAUCAGCCAUCCAAUCUCGAAAAAGACGACAUGUAUGUGGACAUGUGUGAGUUUGUUCAUAAAAACACAUACUUUCCCGAACAGGUUACACAGCGACCUCAGAAGGAAGAUCUGUAUAUCAACUUAAUAGAUAACUCUGUCGACAGUCCUGACAGUGAAAUUCCCGUCAAAAGCCAAACCGAGGAAUGUUUAGAUCUAGGGGCAAAGCGGUCGACAACAACUUCCCACCAAAUUGAUGAAUAUACUUCACAACAAACUACAAAUCGUUCAGAUUAUAUUGACAGGUCACAUAGUCAAGAAGAUUCAUCAAAAAUUCACGAGACAAAUUCAAGUAAUCACAGCCUCAAAGACAAGGUAACUCACAAACACGGACAUAAUGUAAAUGACUCUCAACAUAAAUUGUCCUCUUUUGAUAAUACGCGAAGAGGUGAGUAUCACGAAAUGCACACCCCCGAAGUCACGAGCCGACUCACACCAUCAAUAACAUCCGAGUCUGACGAUGAUCAAUACGAGAGUGACCAAAGUAGUACACUGUGCCCAAUGCCUGAUUUGGACGACAGUGAGGUUUUUGAUGACGGUUCGUGGGAUGCUACACUGAAAGAUGGUUCUUUUGAUAAGGUUGAUGACUCCGCAAAUGUGGUUGAAAGCCUGGUGAAGUGCUUUGAAAGAGAGAAAAGAAAAUCCAUAGAUGGUGCAACUAAGUCAGACUCGGACUUGAAGUUACGAAAUGAUACAGAUAUAAUGUCAUCGACGUUUGCUGUGUCUCUCGGUGAUCUUCUUGAUGAAGUCAGUGGAUACUGCAGCACAGAAGCUAGAAAAGGUAUCGAUAAUGAGCUGUCUGAAAUAAAUCAUCAUCAACAAAACUGUGUCCUGAAUAACUCGCAGCCAAGUGCUACUGAAACGCCAAACAUUCUUUCGCCAUCAUCUCCUAGGACGCGCAUGUGCAGAGGGCAUUACGAAAUGGUAUAUGGCCCGGUCAGCUUCCCAAGCCCAAUAGUUCAACUUGAUACUAUAUCUAGUAGUGAAAUCCUAGAUAUGACCGAAACUGAAACCCAAACACCACAGGUAUACCCGGUAGAACAUCAUUAUACAUCAAAAUCCAAGAGUGAUUUUCCGUGA